AUGGUUGAGGCACAUAGUAUUAAUGCGGAGCACAAAGAUUUAAUACACGAUGUUGCAUUUGACUACUAUGGAGAAAGAAUGGCGACAUGUUCUACAGAUCAAUUUGUUAAAGUUUGGGAUCAAGAUGAACAGGGUACUUGGAAUUUGACAGCUAGUUGGAAGGCUCACAGUGGAUCUGUUUGGAAAGUGACUUGGGCACAUCCAGAGUUUGGUCAAGUAAUAGCAACAUGUUCCUUUGACCGUACUGCUGCCAUUUGGGAAGAAGUAAUGGGAGAAAGUAAUGAAAACGGAACAUUAUUACGGCAUUGGGUGCGUAGAGCAAACUUAGUUGAUUCUCGCACUUCGGUAACUGAUGUGAAAUUUGGUCCAAAAUCUUUUGGAUUAAUCUUAGCUACUUGCUCAGCUGAUGGAGUUAUGCGAAUUUAUGAGGCUCCAGAUGCAAUGAACCUUGCUCAAUGGCCGUUGCAACAUGAAGUGUCAUUAAAAGUGCCUAGUAGUUGUCUCACAUGGAAUCCUUUACUAUCUAAUUUUAGAAUGCCAAAUGCAAUGAUAGCAGUUGGUAGUGAUGAUAAUUCCAAUACUACAAACAGUAAAGUAUUUAUUUGUGAAUACAAUGAAGUAUCUCGUCGAUGGGCAAAAACUGAAUCAGUAGCUAGUGUAGCUCAUCCAGUACAUGAUAUGAUAUUUGCCCCUAAUAUGGGACGAUCAUUUUAUUUGUUAGCAAUUGCUACAAAUAAUGUUCGCAUAUUAAAACUCAAACCAAUUGUUGAUGCUACAAGUGGUUUCCCUUAUACUAUUGAAACUGCUGCUCAAUUUAAUGAUCAUUUUUGUACUGUCUGGCGUGUUGCAUGGAAUAUAACUGGCACUGUUUUAGCAUCAUCUGGUGAUGAUGGAUGUGUGAGGCUUUGGAAAUCAACGGUAGAUACCUGGAAAUGUGUUGGAGUGUUAAAACGCGAUGGAAAAUUGCCACAGCCACAAUCAAAAAAGACCCAAUCAACCGCUCAAAACAAUUUAACCAGGUUCUUCAAACUUGGUCAAAUAACCCAUCCUAGUGAAGUACAUUGGCAUUGAGGACUUAUUUUUUUUUUUUUUUGUAUCUUAUUUGUUCAUUUAAAUCUUGAAUGUGAGAUAA